ACAAUGCAGUUCCUAGCCUGGUUCAAUUUGCUGUUUGUCCUUCCUUGUUUUGGUACAACCAAAACCUGCUUCCCUGGCUGCCACUGCGAAGUGGAAAGCUUUGGUCUCUUUGACAGUUUUAGCUUGACCAAGGUGGACUGCAGUGGAAUAGGCUCACACAUUGUUCCUGUCCCAAUCCCUCUGGACACCUCCUACUUGGAUCUAUCAUCAAACAAACUGGAAACAAUCAAUGAAUCGAUGCUUACUGGCCCUGGAUACACCACCUUGGUGAGCCUCGACCUGAGCUACAACAAAAUUGCCAAGAUUUCCUCCACAACUUUCUCCAGGCUUCGGUACCUGGAGUCCUUGGAUCUGAGUCAUAACUCUCUGGAAGUCCUUCCAGAGGACUGUUUCUCCAGUUCUCCUCUGGGCGAUAUAGAUUUGAGCAAUAACAAGCUUUUGGAUAUAGCUAUGGACGUUUUUGCUUCCAAAGGUCAAGGAAAACCCCUGAAUGUGGAUUUAUCCAAUAAUAUGCUCAGCACCAUUACGAGGCACCGUGAAAAGAGCAUCCCCAACAUCCAGAACUUAAAUCUUUCUGGAAACAAACUAAGGUCUGUGCCAAACCUUCAAGGGAUUCCUCUCCGAUACUUAAACCUUGACGGGAAUCCUCUAGUCAAUAUUGAGAAAGGAGACUUCACGGGGCUGAAAGAUUUGAUUCAUUUAUCCCUCAGCAGCCUGCGUGGCUUUGGAGAGUUAUCUCCUUAUAGCUUUAAGGAACUACCAGCCCUCCAAGUUCUGGAUUUAUCCAGCAAUCCCGACCUGAAGUCACUGACUGCUGAAGUUAUCUUUGGUCUGAACUCUCUACAAGAGCUCAACCUCUCUGGGACAGGCGUGUCAUCCUUGCCAAAAACGGUGCUGAAAUACCUGCCUUCCAUCAAAAGCAUCACCUUGGAGAAGAACAUACAGUGUCUUAAGACGAUCAAAGAAGGACAGUACCACCGACAGAUUGGCCUGACCAAAAAAGAGGUCCUCAGUUGCCACGACAGCCACGGGUCCGUAGCAGCGGCGCCUUACGUUUUGUGAUGAAACUGGGGAGAGGGGGUGGUGGGGAAGGGAGGGCGGGGGGCCGUGGGAUUUGUACAGAUGUCGGACUGAGGUGGCUUGCAGUGUGCCUUUUGUACAACUGUCAAUAAUUUAUAUAUUUGUAUAUGCCAAUACUUGAUUGUUUGUGGAUUUUAUAAACUCUCAAAUCCUGGCCCGCAUCAUCUGCAGGCUCCAGAUUUUGCCCAGUGCAUCGAGGUCCUGCAUGCAGCCCGUUAGCUCAAGAGCGGUGUUGCCGGACAAGGGGGGACCAAGCUGCUCUGCAGGUCCCAGGGCAGAACAGCCGGUCUGGAGCAAACCUUCGUGCCCCAGACACGUUUGUAGGAGCAAAGCUACGUCUCUCCAGAGCACACACCAAAACAUACCGACU